AAACUGAUAAUCAGGAAGUUCAUAUCCCACCUUCUUACAGUGAGGUUGAAAGCCCAGAGGACAUCCUGUCUGAGGAAAUCUGUAGGAUUCAUGAAAAUGGCCUCACAUUACUCCACCUCAUGGUGAUCCAGGGAGAUGUGGAAAAGGUGAAGUUUCUCCUGAGCUGCAAAGCCAAUGUGAACAGCCAGGUAGUCUGUGGCUACACCCCACUCAUCAUAGCUGUUCAGAAGAGGUCUCCAGAGAUCUGCUCAGUUCUGAUAGAGCACGAUGCAGACAUUAACAUGCCAGAUGAUGAUGGUUGGACACCUCUUCACUUUGCUGCUCAGAAUGGGGAUGACAGAAUUGUACGCCUCUUGCUGGACCACCAGGCUCAGGUAAAUUCACAGGAGCAAGACGGCUGGACUCCUCUGCACUUGGCAGCACAGAACAACUUUGAGAACGUGGCCCGAGUGCUGCUGUCUCGCCAGGCUGACUCCAACACCCAGGAGGCUGAUGGGAAAACCGCCCUCCACGUGGCAGCUUGCUUUGGACAUGUCAGCUUGGUGAAGCUGCUCGCCAGUCAAGGAGCCGACUUAGAGAAAAAGCAGAAGAACCACAGAACCCCACUUCACGUUGCUGUGGAGAGGGGGAAGUUCAGGGUAGUCCAGUACUUGCUGAAGAAAGGGACCUCUGUCAACAGCCUCGAUCAAAAUCACUACAGUGCCCUGCACCUGGCUGUGGUGAGGGGGAAGUAUCUCAUCUGUGAGAAACUCAUCAAAUACGGAGCCAAUGUGGAGCUGAGGACAGACAAAGGCUGGACUCCUCUGCACCUGGCUGCUUUCAAAGGGCACGUUGAAAUCAUCCACCUGCUAAAAGACAGCCACGCCAAACUGAACACCAGGGGAGGCAUGGACUGGACACCCCUUCACUUGGCCACGCGCUACAGCGACGAGCCGGUGGUCAGCGAGCUGCUGAGGUGUGGGGCAGAUCCCAACAUUGCUGAGAAGUCAGAGUGGGCCCCCCUACAUUUUGCAGUCCAGCGGGGCUCCUUUUUGACUGUCAUCAAUCUUCUGGAGUGCAAGGCAGAUGUGAACGCUAAGAACAAAGUGGGUUGGACACCCUUGCACCUCGCUGUCCUCAAGGGCAAUAUGGCCAUUAUAAAGACCCUGAUUAAGGCUGGGGCGCUGCUUGAUGUGGAAGAUAUCACUGGCUGUACAGCUCUCCAGUUGGCAAUUAGACAUCAGAGAGAAAACAUCAUUACACUCCUUCAAGGCAAGGACUUGUUGAUGAAUAAACUGGGGAACAGGACACUGAAUGAUGCUAAGAUUUCAAGACCAAAAUUUGUUCCAGGAAGGACAGAUCUGUAG